GAGGCGAGAUGGGGAGGGGGGUGGCUGAUGCAUCCUGUGGUGUGGGAUCAUUUGUGUGUGACUGACGUUCUCGAUUCAUCAUUCACCAACCUUACAGGGUCAGCAAGUAUAUAUAAGCUGGUGCACACCUGCUCUAUAGUAACGACUCCAGACCUCCACCAGCUAACCUCAGCCUGUUACCAAAGUUCAGGUGCCUUGUUCGACUCCACAGUAUGCUGCCUGGGAGAGAGGCUGAUGUCCAGCACUGCGUCCUGACGAGCCGCUGGCUGCCCGCAGCGUUGGUGCUGCUCCUCCUCCUCUCCUCCAGUUUCAGCAGUGCUCACAGCACCACAGUGGAGCACGACUUCCACAUCGUUCACAAUGUGGACAACAGAAGUCCAGAGAUAGACCCAUUCUGGUACGUGGGGCGUGGGGUGAGACCCAUCGGGCGCUUUGGGAAGAGGCACAGCAGUGUGGGUGCUCUGGGAAACGGGGAGAUGCACCCUGUCGUCCGGACACUGGAGCUGCUCCUCAACAGCCUCAAAAACAAGCAGAAACUCGAGAAAGUGUUGAAUGGAGAGGACAGGGAUUGGUUACCGUGACGAUGUGUCCUCUGUAGCACAUAACUGUUUUUCCCCUGUAAUGUCUGUUCUGACGCAUUUGUUGUAUCUGUAAAUAAAAUGUAUUCUAUAUUGAUUACAAAAUAAGGAUGUGGUGGUAAUAUUUUUUGAACAAAUUUUCUCUUUUACCGGAGGAACUUUUAUGUUUGCAAAUUUUAUUCAUUUCAUAAUACAUUAUUUUUACUGUGGCACAUAGAGAAUCUGUAUUUUUUGCACAUUGAUAUUUUCUCCAACAUCUCAUAUGGAUUGCA